CCUGGCUGCCGUUUCCAUCCCUCUAAGUCUGUCAAUUAGUGAUAAUGGACCCCAUCAGCAGAGAGAGGCCACUCCCUCGCUCCUGCUACCCUCCCUCCCUCCUUCACACCACCACACUUUCUCUCUCUCUGCCCGUCUUUCUUUCUACCUCUCAGUCAGUAAUAAUGGAGCCCGGCAGUCCAAAGAAGAUCCAGUUCGCUGUUCCUCCCCUGCAGGGACAGAUUGACCCACAGGCUGCUGAGCAUAUCCGCCGCAGGAGGCCAACCCCCGCCACCCUGCAGAUCUACAGACAACCUGGGACAGAUGUUGGAGAUCAACAAAACGCCAGUGGGGAGCCACAGGCCUCAGAAGCUGCUCAGAGGAAGCAGAGCACAUACGCCCCCCCAUCAAUGAAAGACCUUGGGCUGGGGGUGGAGCAACAUCUCCUGGGGGCGGGGCUCUGUGAACCAGACAACCACCUGAGUCCAAUCACAGCACAACUGUAUGCCACCGGUUUCACGUGGGCCAAUCACAAUCAGCCAGAGGAAGCCAAUGGGAAUGAUGCGUGUUUGCUGUUAUCCAAUCAGGAGAGAGGCGUGGCAGAGAGCAACAGCUCAGGCGAUUUGACCGUCACCAAAGCUAAAGAAGCUUCCAGUCCUGACUCCAUCUCCCGAUAGCUGUCUGCUUCGUCUAACAUCACUUCUGUCCUUCUGUGUCUCAUUAACCAAAUGUUCUCCUGUCUGCUUUCACACUUAUUCAAAUACUGCUCUACUUUGGUAUUAUCCAGCUCUGAAUUACUAUUUUUAUUUUUGAAUUUUACAUUUUUGGGGGUUUGUUUGGGUCGGUCUGAAUUUUUAAAAUGUGGCUGUGAAUAAAUCCAUAUUAAGGGCAAACAAAUGUCUGAGUGUUGUCUUCUUAAAUAAUAAGGCAGAUUAAAGUCCCCUAUUUUUAGAGUAAUAUGAAUAAAAGUUGGGUUGAAAUUGAAAUGUUCUAAUGUUCCACUGUUAUUCUUGAAAUGAUCUAAACACAGUGGACUGUGCCAAACCCAUGCUAUGAGAGAUUCAACCAUCAGGGACGGGUACCGGUCUCAGGGACGGGCACCGGUCUCAGGGACGGGUACCGGUCUCAGGGACGGGCACCGGUCUCAGGGACGGGUACCGGUCUCAGGGACGGAUAUCGGCCGUCUGAGAGACCCGGUGUUCAUGUUGCUGCAUUAGCAGCUGAAAUAACUUCAAUGUUUUCCUAAAGAAGAGUGUAUGGGGAGCAAGAAAAAAUGUCCCCACUGUUUCUAAUAGUAGACAUGGCCCCCAAAAGACUAAACACCCUCAGGCACGAUAACCUCCAAAAAUACAAAAGAAAAUACCAGAGAUCUGACCACUGUUUGUGUUUCGUUUCCCA